ACCAAUUAGAAAUGAGCACACUAUGUGUGGAAACAUUGUUACUUUAACAGUUUUUAACGUUUUUCACUUGAUUGCAACAAACGUCGACACGAAUUUACCCAGGACUCCAUCUGGAAAAUUAUCAUAUGAUUUCGUAUUUAUGACGGUAUUAAUGGACACACCUCGGCAUGAGACGGGACUGGGACUUCAUUAAAACAGCUUUUUAGAAGUUUCUGCUUCACUUCCCCUUGGCUACUAAAAACAGACAAAACCAAUAUCCUAGUCGGUCUACCAGCCAGAUGAGAUGCUGCUGAGGCGGGUCCAGAAGGGGACUGGAUGAGUUGGAGGGAGAAGAUGAUCUGCAGCAUCCUGCUGCUCUUCAUCCUGACCUCCUGUGUCUCUGGAACAUUUGUAGUGAAUGUGACCCAGACCUCCUAUCAGGCAGAGGAGAACCAGGACAUCACACUGGAGUGGACCUUCACCACCAACCCUCACAGCUCCUCCACCUCUCUUAAUGUCUUCUGUGAACUGUUAACUGUCCUCAGACCCUCAGUCCUGUUUCAUCUCCAUGAAGGAGUCGAGGUCCCAGAGUUUCAGGAUGAACAGUUUGCAGGACGAGUCCAGUGGGACAAAGACGUCCUCAGAGAAGGACGACUCAGACUUAAUGUGUCCAGACUCAGGACUGAAGACUCUGGACUGUACAAGUGUCAAGUGUCCACAGAUUAUGGGAGGAGCUCUGGUAGAUGUUGGCUCAAUGUCUCUGCAGCGAGGGAUGAACCUGAGACACCGAACACAACAAGUCCACCAAACACAACAAGUCCACAACCAGAGAGUCGGGGAAGGAUCGGUCUCUACUGGGGACUGGGACUGACAGCAGCAGCUCUGCUGGGUGGUGGUUUCUGUUGGUUCAGUCGUCUGCUGAGAGAACAAGAUUUCUACCCAGAUGAAAGUUCUGUACCCGACUGAUAGACACACUUUCUGGGCUUAAAAUUACUGAAAGAACUGUUAAAAAUACCACUACUGCUAACAUUAUGGCAACAAUCGCUAAACACACUGCAAACUCACGGUCCUCUCUACCCGACUGACAGACACACUGUCUGGGCUUAAAAUGACUCACUGUUGGUCGGCUACAGCCGCUGAACAGGAAACAUGGUUUAUUGUGGUUUCUGUCAUCAGUCUGUUACGGCGGUUGUUGACAGCCAUGGCACAC